CGUCUGCGCGCCUCUCCCCGUGUGCGUGCCGCGGCGGCCUCCUGCUACCGCGGCUUGGCAGGAUCCCAUAUUAUGAAGCGGUUUCUUGGUUGCUACCAGAUGGAAUCACGAGGCCUGGAAAGAGAAGACCUGUAGGUCCUACGAUCUGAGGUGACCAGGUGUGGCCGUGGCUCCCCCUGCAGACCCAUGGCGAACCGGCUGCGGAUACAGCUGCUGACGUGGGACGUGAAGGACACACUGCUCAGGCUCCGUCGCCCGGUUGGCGAGGAAUACGCCGCCCAGGCCCAGGCCCACGGCCUGAAGGUGGAGGCCGAGGCCCUGGGACAAGCCUUCCGGCAGGCAUACAAAACUCACAGCCACAGCUUCCCCAACUAUGGCCUGAGCCAGGGCCUCACCUCCCGCCGCUGGUGGCUGGAUGUGGUCAUGCAGACCUUCUACCUGGCAGGUGCUGAGGAUGUCCAGGCGGUGACCCCCAUUGCUGAGCAGCUGUACCAGGACUUCAGCAGCCCCUGCACCUGGCAGGUGUUGGAGGGGGCCGAGGCUACCCUGAGAGGGUGCCGCAAGCUGGGUCUGAAGCUGGCAGUGGUCUCCAACUUUGACCGGCGACUGGAGGACAUCCUGGCAGGUCUUGGCCUGCGGGAACACUUUGACUUUGUGCUGACCUCUGAGGCUGCUGGCUGUCCCAAACCUGACCCCCGCAUUUUCCACGAGGCUUUGCAGCUUGCACAAGUGGAGCCGGAGGUGGCAGCCCAUAUUGGGGAUAACUACCGCUGUGAUUACCAGGGGGCACGGGCCGUAGGCAUGCACAGCUUCCUGGUGACUGGUCCAGGGCCUUUGGACUCUCUAAUCAAGGAUGCUGUACCCCAAGAACAUAUCCUCCCCUCAUUGCCCCAUCUCUUGCCUGCCCUUGACCGCCUGGAGGGCUUACCCCCCAGGAGUUGAGUCUGGAGAAAUAACUGGACCCUGCAAAUGCUGGCGACAAGGAGCCCCUUCCCUCCUGAGACUCGGCCUCUGCUCCUCUCCCUGCUGCCUCCGAAACACUGACUAUAACGCAGUGUGUGUGGGGCUUUCAGCCCUGCCCCCUCUAACCAGCUCCUGGUCUCUGAGGUGGCUCAUUCAUCGUACCUGUGUCCCUUUUCUACCUUGAGUUCCCCUCACCUCCAGGAGUCAUGGAAGGCCCAACUAGCAUCAAACCUAGGUUCUUAAAAACCUUGCUUCUGCAGCAAGGCCUAAAUCAUGGGAGACCCCAUGUGCCAAACAGGGGAAAAAACGAACUGCUGGGGUUCAAACAGAGGUCUAGGGUACCUCACUGUGGCCUUAGAGGCU